ACUUCCAGAGUGGAAUACGGAUUCCGAUUUUAAAAUAAGCGCUUCUAAAUCUUUCUCCUUCCCUCUAAGACGAAUGAGGGAAAGAAAGGGAGAGGAGUUGAGGUCCCAAGGUUCAGGGAUGCCUGGUGAUCUCCACGUCCCAGGCUGGGCUGCCUCAGUGCACGGAGAGGGCGAGGGGUGCAUUGUGGAGCCUUGGCAAGCGCUCUUUCUCGAUCCUCGGUUUGCGGUCUGUGAAAUGGGGUUCGCAGUGCCUUUGCGGGGACGCCGCGAACUCAAGCACCAGCAAGCCGAUUCGAACUCAAAGGGCUUCAGGGUGUAGACGACCACCGCGCACUGAGGGACUACGGGUCGGCCCGCUCCGGAGCCAGGAGAGUAACUGCGCGCAGGGAAAGGCGCACUGCAGCCUUGGUGCCUCCCUUCCCUCCAUCGGACGGGUGAGUGACGACGGGCGAGGUCCUCAUCUCCAGGCUGCGCAGCUGAGUUCUGGCAGCUGCGUAAAGAAAGACCCAGAACACCAACAGCCAGCUGUGGCCGGAGCCCUUUCACUGACCCGGAACACUAGCUCUCAGAAACCUGGAGAACUGCGAGGGCUUUUAAUGCGGCUGAGAAGAAAGUAAAGACCCGGACUCCUCUCUCCUUCGAAAGAGCCCACACAAGUAUGAAGACCAGCGCCUCGGACGCUCCGGGGAGCCACUUCAACCGGUUGUCGUCCCAGUGGCCACCCUCUGAGCACGUGUUGCUGCCAGUCUGCGUCAGCGCUGGGUAAAUACAUGACUGGGCGACGCCACCGGGAGGGGCUAUUUAAGAGGCAGCCGCCCUCUGGUCCUCCCUGAACUUGGCUCAGCUGCCGGGCUGCUCCGGUUGGAAACGCGAAGCCAGCUGCGUUCUAAUCCAAAAGCCAUGAACAGCGGCGUGCGCCUGUGCGUACUGAUGGCGGUACUGGCGGCUGGCGCCCUGACGCAGCCGGUGCCUCCCGCAGAGCCCGCGGGCUCCGGGCUGCAGCGGGCAGAGGAGGCGCCCCGUAGGCAGCUGAGGGCAGUGCAGAGAACGGACGGGGAGUCCCGAGCGCACCUGGGCGCGCUGCUGGCAAGAUACAUCCAGCAGGCCAGGAAAGCUCCUUCUGGACGAAUGUCCAUCAUUAAGAACCUGCAGAACCUGGACCCCAGCCACAGGAUAAGUGACCGGGACUACAUGGGCUGGAUGGAUUUUGGCCGUCGCAGUGCCGAGGAGUAUGAGUACCCCUCCUAGAGGACCCAGCUUCCAUCGGCCCAACGAGAAGCAACCUCCCAACCCAGAGGAGGCAGAAUAAGAAAACAAUCACACCAUAUCUCAUUGUCUGUGGAGUUUGACAUUGUAUGUAUCUAUUUAUUAAGUUCUCAAUGUGAAAAAUGUGUCUGUAAAAAUUGUCCAGUGCAACCACACACCUCACCAGAAUUGUACAAAUGGAAGACAAAAUGUUUUCUUCAUCUGUGACUCCUGGUCUGAAAAUGUUGUUACGCGAUUAAAGUGAUUUCAUUCUGC